GUGAGUAUCACUAUGAGAACAUGGUGAGGAUGUAUGCAAACUGCUCCGUGGUCCUGGAGAACCUGGAGAUCACCUACACCCUGGAGCAUCAGGACCUGUCCUUCCUCCAGAUGUGAGCGGGGAGUCUUCUCAGAACUGUCUUUGUGUUGCCUUCGAGGUCGCUCUGACACUAGAGACUCGGCGACCUGCUGAUUAACUGCCCCGCCUUGGGGAGCUCUUGUUGUCAGAAAGAGAAUCGGAAGCCCAGAAGAUAAACAGGGAGCGAGUCAGAGUGCCUUCCAUCGUCAGCAGAGGGACUUCUAAACACUCCACAGCUGCAUGGCCCCUCCCCCGUGUGACUGUGUGUGUGGCGUGAGGUCGCCAAACAUCUGCACACAGCUUCCACUGGUCGAUCAUCACAGGCUCACAUGUUGAUAACGAUGCAACGACCAUCGAGGAAGUAGGAGGCUACGUUCUAAUCGCCAUGAACGAGGCCGCCGUCAUCCCGCUGGUCAACCUGAAGCUGAUCCGCGGCCAGAACCUCUACGAACACCAGUUCGCCCUGCUGGUCAUCUCCAACUACCAGCGGAACCAGUCGUCUGCAACGCUCAACUACACCAGCGGGCUGAGGCAGCUGCUGCUAAGCAACCUGACGGAAAUCCUGAAAGGAGGCGUGAAGAUGGCCUACAAUCCUCUGCUGUGCAACGCUGACACCAUCAAGUGGUGGGACAUCCUGGACGGAGACAACCGCUCCAGAGUGGUCAUCGAGACGGACGCCUUCACCCGAAGAUGUGAGAAGUGUGACCCCAGGUGUGUUAACGGCUCGUGUUGGGCAGCCGGGUCACAUCACUGCCAGAGAUUCACCAGGCUCCAGUGUGCCGAGCAGUGCAGCAGACGGUGUCGCGGCCCGAGACCCAGCGACUGCUGCAACGAGCACUGUGCGUCCGGCUGCUCCGGACCUCAAGCCAGCGACUGCCUGGCCUGCAGGGAUUUGAACGACGACGGCACCUGCAAAGACGCUUGUCCACCGAUGACACUCUACAACCCCAAGACCCACCAGGUGGUCAACAACCCCAACGCCAAGUUCACCUUCGGGGCGACCUGCGUCAAGGCCUGCCCCCAUAACUACGUGGUGGCCGGUGGAUCAUGCGUCCGUACCUGCAGCCCUGGAACAUACGAGGUGGAGGAGAACGGAGUCCAGCGCUGUAAAGACUGCGACGGCCGCUGUUCCAAAGCGUGUGACGGCAUUGGGGUCGGGGUUCUGAGCAAUGCCAUUGCUGUCAACGCCUCCAACAUCGAAUCCUUCAGGAACUGCAACAAGAUCAUCGGUGACGUCUCGCUCCUCGAAACCUCCUUCACCGGAGACCCGCACUAUAAAAUACCACCCAUGGACCCGGCUAAACUGGAUUAUUUGAGGACGGUGAAGGAAAUCACAGGUUUCCUGCUCAUCCAGUUCUGGCCAGAGAAUAUGACUUCUCUGUCAGUGUUUGAGAACCUGGAGAUCAUCAGAGGGAGAACCACCCGCUACGGUUACAGUCUGUUGGUGCUGCGGGCCAAGAACCUCCUCUGGCUGGGCCUGCGCUCCUUGAAGGAGGUGAGUGCCGGCCAAGUGAUAAUAAAGGACAACCCUCAGCUGUGCUACACCCAACCGCAACAGUGGACCCACCUCUUCAGGUCCAGCGACCAGACCCCCACCACACUGCUGAACGCCCGCCCCGAUGUCUGCGAACAACAGAAUCGGACCUGCGACCAGGAGUGUUCGGAAGAGGGCUGCUGGGGUCCAGGACCCACCAUGUGUGUCUCCUGUCGCCUUUUCAACCGUAGGGGGCGCUGUGUGGCGUUCUGCAACCUGCUGCAGGGCGAGCCCAGAGAGGUGGAGGUGGACCGCCGCUGUGAGGAGUGUCACCCCGAGUGUCUCCUGCAGGACGGGACGCCGACCUGCAGAGGACCGGGCGCCGACCAGUGUUCCCAGUGCGCCAACCUGAAGGACGGCGCCCACUGCGUUCGCCGCUGCCCCCAUGGCGUGAAGUACGCGGACCGGACCGGACGGUGCCAGCCGUGCCACCAGAACUGCACCCAGGGGUGUUCCGGAGAAGGACUCCCAGGAUGCAACGGCGCGCCCGUAGCCUCCAGCAUGGCGGUGGCCGUGGUCGGCGGGCUCCUCAUCGCGGUCAUUGUGGCGUUGGUCAUCUUCGUGUUGCUGCGGCGACGGCGAAUCCGGAGGAAGAGGACGACGCGCCGCCUGCUGCAGGAGAGAGAGCUGGUGGAGCCGUUGACGCCGAGUGGAGAAGCGCCCAAUCAGGCGCUGCUGAGGAUCCUCAAGGAGACGGAAUUCAAGAAGAUCCGGGUGCUCGGCUCCGGGGCCUUCGGAACCGUCUUCAAGGGCCGGUGGAACCCUGAGGGAGAGAACGUGAGGAUCCCCGUAGCCAUUAAAGUUCUCCGCGAAGCCACGUCGCCUAAAGCCAACAAAGAAAUCCUGGACGAGGCGUACGUGAUGGCGAGCGUGGACCACCCUCACGUGUGCCGCCUGCUGGGGAUCUGCCUCACGUCCUCGGUGCAGCUGGUGACUCAGCUGAUGCCGUACGGCUGUUUGCUGGACUACGUGCGCCACCACAGGGACCACGUCGGCGCCCAGUGGCUCCUCAAUUGCUGCGUCCAGAUGGCCAAGGGCAUGAACUAUCUGGAGGAGCGUCACCUGGUGCACCGUGACCUGGCGGCUAGGAACGUCCUGGUGAAGACCCCCAACCAUGUGAAGAUCACCGACUUCGGUCUGGCCAAGCUGCUGGCGUCCGACGAGCAGGAGUACCACGCCGACGGAGGGAAGGUUCCCAUUAAGUGGAUGGCACUGGAGUCAAUCCUCCAGUGGACCUACACCCACCAGAGUGACGUCUGGAGCUUCGGCGUGACGGUGUGGGAGCUCAUGACGUUUGGCACCAAGCCGUACGACGGCAUCCCGGCCAGCGAGAUGUCGUCGGUUCUGGAGAGAGGAGACCGGCUGCCUCAGCCCCCCAUCUGCACCAUCGAGGUCUACAUGAUCCUGGUGAAGUGUUGGAUGAUUGACCCGUCCAGUCGUCCCAGGUUCAGAGAGCUGAUAGUGGAGUUCUCAAAGAUGGCCAGAGAUCCAUCCAGAUACCUGGUUGUGGAGGGUGACCUCCCCAGUCCGUCAGACAGCAGGUUUUACUCCCGCCUGCUAAGCUCAGAUGACAUGGAGGACGUGGUAGACGCCGACGAGUACCUGCUACCCUUCAAAGGAACGGGUUGCCAUGACAACGGGUCCUGCCAUGCCGCGAACGGUCAUCCAGUCCGACAGAACAGCAUCGCUCUGCGUUACAUCACCGAUCCGACCCACAACGCCACGGACAAAGAAGACUUCAGCGGCCACGACUACAGGAACCAGAGUCUGAGUGAAACCAGCGGGACCAGCAGGCUGUCCGAAGUGUUCAAUCCCAACUACGAGGACUUGAGCGUGGGCUGGGGCGCCGCCUCGCCCCCCUUGCCGCUGGAGGAGCUGAAGUCUUUGGGACCCGAAUACCUGAACACCGCCCAGAGCUCGCUGCCUGCGGCCGCCGGCGACAGCCUCGACAACCCGGACUACCAGGCAGAUUUCCUGCCUGGUAGUCCGGCCACGCCGCCCGGGAACGCUCUUUUCCUCCCGGCGGCGGAGAACCUGGAGUACCUGGGUUUGGGGGCUGCACUGUACGCCCCCGUCCGCUAGGGGGCAGCAGCCAGGCAGCGGGAACCAAGGGUCCUUCGGGAGAGACGCUGCAGGAUGUAAGGGACAAUGGGGACAAAGUUUCAGAAGAACAAUGAAUCCCUGCCUUGCUUUUCUUUUCACUAUCUGCAUGCGUUUGUUAGUCAACAAAAAGAAAUGAAAUAAGGAAAUUUGAAAAUGUGAAGAAGACUCAACCGGCGAGGAAGAAGGCAUGGGAAUGUUUGCUUCAUGGGGUGGUCUUCAGGCUACAAGGGGCUCAUGCUGGACCCUCGGAUCCUUCAGGAACCAGCAGCCCGGCAGCUAACGUCAUGUUAUAAAGCAUUUAUUACAUGUCCAUACUGUAGAAUAUAUCCCUGUACAGCACAUCUUAAAUGUUACAUCUUCUAAAUAGUCAGAAGCUCUGAAUUCAAUUUUAAUUAAUUAUUGAGAAGAAAGGUCCUGAUGAGCGUUGCUGCACAUCGUCUCCUCACACAGGAAGAACCUUCAGGACCAGAUUUAAUGUAUUGUUUUCAAUUCCACUCAGGGUGGUUUUUGGUGUUCAUCAAAAAUUACCCUAAACACAGGUUGAUGGAAAAAACUUGAAAUGAUGCGUCGGUCGCGACGGCUUCCAGAGAAAAAGGAUCCUGAUUCACGUUGAAAGUCUGUAAAUUGAGUUGUGAAGCCAGUUUGAGAAUUGACUUCAGAUCCAUGUGAACCAGUCUCAUGUAGUCCUGAUCCUCAAUGAACCAGUCUCAUGUAGUCCUGAUCCUCAAUGAACCAGUCUCAGUUUAGUCCUGAUCCUCAAUGAACCAGUCUCAUGUAGUCCUGAUCCUCAAUGAACCAGUCUCAUGUAGUCCUGA